AAAAGAUGGUCAAUGUUUGUCAUUGCGAACUUACAAAAUUGUCCACCUUUAACUCCCUCUUCUUCUUCGAUCCAUUUUUCUGCUUCUCUUCUUCUUCUUCUUCUUCUUCUUCUUCUUCUUCUUCUUCUUCUUCCUUCAAUUAAUUUUCGCACCACACAAAACCACCGAUCAAUUACAUGUCUCUCGUUCUUUCUUUCAUCUUCUAUCCUUUGUUUUGAAUCCACUAUUUGCUUUAAUUUCUGUAUCUAACCAUGAAAUCGUCACUGGGGAAGCUAGGGCGCAAAUUGAGCAUGACCAGAAGCGAUGUGAAGGAGAAGAGAGAUCAUCAACCGUCCGCACACUUAGAAGAACUUGCUCAGGCUUCAAAGGAUAUGCAAGAUAUGAGAAACUGCUAUGAUUCGUUAUUAGCUGCAGCUGCUGCUACGGCAAAUAGCAUAUACGAAUUUGCGGAAUCACUGAAUGAGAUGGGGAUAUGUUUGCUGGAUAAAACUACAGUGGACCCUGACGAUGAAAGUGGAAAAGUUUUACAGGCCUUGGGAAAUAUGCAAUCAGAACUUCAGAAAAUUGCUGAUACAUACCGUUCUUAUGUAGUUGUCACGGUUACACACCCGACAGAGUCUCUUCUAAGUGAGUUGCGAAAAGUGGAGGAAAUGAAACUUCAAUGUGAUGAGAAAAGGGAAGCAUACGAAUACAUGAUGGCACAACACAAAGAUAAAGGAAAACUGAAAAGUGGAAAAGUUGAAAGUUCGGUUAUGCAGAAGCUACAAGAAGCUCAAGAUGAAUAUAAUGAAGUGGCUAGAUUAUGUGCGUUUCGUGUAAAAUCACUCAAGGAGGGACAAUGCCGUAGUCUUUUAGCACAGGCUGCUCGUCAUCAUGCUGCACAGUUGAAUUUCUUUCGCAAGGGAGUCAAAGUUCUAGAAGAAGUUGACCCGCAUGUAAGAAAUGUUGCGGAGAAGCAUCGGAUUGAUUGCCAACUCAGCGAUGGGGCGGCUGGGGAGGAGGGUGAAGGCAUAAGUAGCUACGAAAGCACUGAUGACGGAGAAUUGAGUUUUGACUACCGACAGAAGAAACAAGGGAUUGCCACUUCAUCAAAUCCAAUGGAGCUGGACCGAGUGGAUACGACGCAUCCUCAAGCUCCAAAUAUAGCAGAUUCCGAUGCAAACGUGAAUAAAUAUCAAGGGGAACAGAUUUUUGGCAGGCAACGUCGAGUGAGCAGCUAUUCUGCCCCAUUAUACCCGGAGAAGACCGAUCCAUCCGGAAAGGCGGUCAAAGAAACGCAACCCGCUCGGAAAUUUUACUCUUAUGUCCUACCUCCUCCCAUUGACUCCAAGACUUCAAGUUCAAGACCACCACCGAUAUCCACCUUUCAACACCCAUUGCCCGAUGAGAAACAUGAAAAAGAUACUGGUAACGAUAACCCAUCAACAUCUGCAUCUGCUUCAAAACCCGCCCGGUCAACCGAAAAUGCUACCAGUUCUUCUACGCAGUUACCUGCUCCUUCGACUGAACGGUUUUCAUUCACGCAACAUCAUAGUACUGCGUAUGAUGGAAAAACGGCAGCCAAAAGACAAGCGUACUCCGGUCCGUUAACACCGAGCAAGUCGUUUUCAGGUAAGAUGAUGUCAUCUUCCGGGGGUCAAAAUGUAUCUUCGCGUAGUGUUUCGCCGCCUACGUUAUCUUCACCUAAAAUAAGUGAACUUCAUGAGCUUCCGCGGCCGCCGCCGCCUUCUACUGGCGGUACUUCAUUAACCUUUUCUAAACCUAGUUUGAUCGGACAUACGCCGGCACCUUUGUUUUUCAAAAAUCAAGAAACGUCUUCACAACAACCAAAUAAACGGCCUAUUUUGACAUCGACCGUUGCAUCCCCUCUUCCAGUUCCUCCGUUGGUUGUUUCUAGAAGCUUCUCCAUACCUUCCGCCAACCAUAGAGCCGUAAGUUCUUUACAUGUUCCCGAGCUUAAGGUUUCACUCCAUACCGCGCAAGCACCCUCUCCGCCUCUCACCCCUGUUUCACUAGCAAACGUUUCAACUGUUUCCGAUGUAGCCGCUCACAUGGCUCAUAUCUAAGGUGGAAUUGAAGAUGAUAUCGGCAGUCUUAUUGAGCAUAUUAAAUUCUUAUUGGUCGAAUGAUCAUUCAUCUUGGUUAGUUUUCGUAGCAGGUGGUCUGUAAUAUGAUGAUUAUGAUCCAUAUGCUGUCUUUCAGUUUGCAUUUAACUAUACAAUAUAUAUAGAGAGAUUUUGUUGUCUUAUGAAAUCAUAUUCUUGUUUGAUGGCGAUAUGUGCUUUUGUGUGGCUA